AUGCUUUUUAGCGGCUGCCCUUGGCUUUACUGGUCUAGAAUAAACAAGUGUGAAUUUGAAGAUAUGCAAGUUGUUGAAAUUUCCAGUCGUUCACUGGAAAUUUUGAGAAUAAUCAAUUGUAGCAGUAAUGGUAAAUAUGAGGUUCUGUUCGAUACCCCAGCUAUUAGUGUCCUCGAGUACCAUAAUGACGUAGCCCACGCCUAUUCUGUGAAGAACUUGGGCCAUCUCUCUGAAGCUCAGCUAGACCUUGAAGUCACUUCUGAACAAUGGGAAGAAGAUGGAUGGAAUUACUUCCGAACUAUAGCAGAGUUCGUUGCAGCAUGCUCUCAUGUAGCCACUUUGUCCUUAUCCCUGAAUUGCAUAGAGGCCAUUAACUCUAGUGGUAGAUUGCUGCCCAAAUUUAGUUCUUUAUGCACAUUGACCCUUGGGGAUAUUGAAGAGAAAGGAUGGAAUUUAUUACCACGCUUACUUGAAAGUUCGCCUAAUCUCAAGGUUCUUAAUUUUGAGCGGGGAAUUUUUGAGUACAAAGGCUAUACAGAAUUUAUGGCUCAUAUGACCGAACAUGUGCCUAGGUGUUUCUCAUCCUCACUUUAUAAAAUUGAGCUUGAAGAGUUCAAAUGGAAGGAAGAUGAUCUCAAGUUGGUAGAACACUUCUUGAAUAUUGCAAAAGUUUUGAGACAGAUGAAAAUUAGUUCUAAUUUGUUUUCAGUUAAGCAGUUGAGCAUGAGCAGAAAAUUAUUAAUGUUGACAAAACACUCGACACUCCGUGAGAUUGAUAUUCAGAAAGAAAAAACUAAGAUUUUAGAAUUUUCUCUUAUGUGA